AUGGUUCGCCAUUCCCGCGCCUACGCCCUCUUCCUCGUCCUCGCCAUCCUCUUUGCCAUCCACUACUACCUCCAGCCAUUCGCUCUCCCCAAGCCCGAUCUAGAGCAGCGCAGUCCACGAUAUACCGAGCUGAAGCCGACUCGUUCAAAGCCUUUCAGAACGUCACCGCAGAAGCAUACAGGGCUGGAAAGAGUGCCAGAAGGUGAGGCAACGUAUGACAACAAGGGCCUCUUCCAUUGGAGUGCGGGCAAGAAGCACCCUAUUGCACUCCUUAUCGAGCAAGCAGAGCAAAAGGCAAAGGCUAUGGAAGCCAAGAUUGCCAAUGUAAAGAGUGUCAAGGAUGCCGCUCGAGACUAUACCGAGGCAUUCGGCAUGAGACCGCCCAAAGGGUACGCAUACACCCAGUCUGUUCCUCUACCUCACAUCCCUGCACUCCCCUCCUUGAUACCCUUCGUCCACAAACCCUUCGACGCCUUCCUCUCCCACCCUGCUUUCCUCCUCCGUGACAGAGUCACCAACCUGCGCAAUAAAGACAAGUCUAUCUUUACUCUGACGUUUGUGCCGGACGGGGAAGGUGAUGAAGGUACAGCUUGCGAGAGUGAUGAAGAGUGGGAUCCCGAAGACUGGGAUGUGAGGAGCAGAGGAAGAGUGGUUGUGAGGGGUGAGAUGGCGUGGUCUUGGAGGUGCAACAAUACACUCUCAUACAUCCUCCCGAUCCUGCCCCUUCUGCCCCCAGACAUACUGACCCUGAAUCCUCCAUUGGAGAUUGCAUUCUCUACGGAUGACGGUCCCCGCGGGAUGGUCCACAACUCUUUCCGUGAGAAGAGCGAGGCGCUUGCUAGAGCGGGGCGGGUAUGGCCGGAUGGUCAAUUACAUCAGGCCGAGCAGUCCAUGCGAUGGACGUAUGGUUGGAGUUGGUCGUGUCCCGAGGACACGCCGCUCAAGACGAUGGGGUCGGAUAUGGUGCUCAAUGAUAUCGAGGAGCUUGAAGCUGCCCAACAUGGUAAGAUCCACUUUGCUUUCAUUAAAAUAAGCCGACAGAGAACAGGAGGCAAGGCGUUUGUGGCCGACCCGAUGAGCUAUAUGGAUUACUGCCAAAAUCCCCAUCUGAUGGCGGUUGAACUGCAACCUGCCAUCGCAACAUGUCGGACCAUGUGGAACUCUGACAUUCUCGGCGUCCCUCUCGACGGUGUCCGCGAAACUGUGCCAUACAUCUCUUGGGACGAUAAACCCAACCACAAGGUAUUCUGGCGCGGUACCGCGACCGGCUCUUUCCACUCCAAACGCGACCCCUGGCGUUCUUCUCAGCGCGAGCGUCUCCAUUUCUUCUCCACCAACACUUCUGGCUCGGUCGAUCUCCUCCUCCCAAACCUCGCGUCCCGCUCCGUGCCUCGGCAGGAUGUUCUCGACGCGUGGUUUGAUGUGGGGCUCAGCGGCGGGCCGGUGCAGUGCAGCGAGGAAGAUGGGAGCUGCGCCGACAUGGCGCGUGAGAUCGAGUUCAAGGGGCGGGUGAAAAAGGAGGAUGGGGCAAAGUACAGGUAUGUGGUGGAUGUUGAUGGGAACGGUUGGAGUUCCAGGUUUAGGAGGUUGCUGCAGGGCAACAACGUCGUGUUCAAGAGCACGCUCUGCCCGGAAUGGUUUGAUACGCUGCUGAUCCCAUGGUAUCACUACGUUCCGGUGAAAAUGGACUAUUCCGAUUUCUUCGACAUCAUCUCGUACUUUGAAGGAUCCCCAUCAGGCGAUAUCUAUGGUAACGACGAUCAAGCCAAAGUCAUCGCCCAACACGCUCUCGACUUUGUGAAUGAGAAAUGGAGAGAGGAAGAUAUGAGGAGUUUUGGGUUCUUGCUUGUGCUCGAAUGGUGGAGAAUGCUGUCAGACAACAGAGAAGAGGCUUCAUUCCAGGGUUGA